GGGGAGGCUAAAAAAGGAAAAUAGCCGCCACGAACCAACCAGAGCCAGGCUGCUCCGCCCGGUUGCUGACCGGAUGGCAGCACACCCGAUCCGGCAGCGCGGCUGUCAUCACGAUGUUCGAGUGAGCGGCCGCAACGUGUGGGUUUGCGCCGAGCUUGGUGAUCCUGUGGUCUGUAUGUGAGCGUGCAAGUUAUCGGCCGAGCCCUCUGGGGCUGCGCAUCCGGAUGUCCGUGAGCCGAGUGUCGGUGUGUGUGUUGGUCGGGCUGGUGAUGAUGGUGCAGAGCGAGAUUCGGUGAUUGAUUUUGUAUUUAAGUGAUUGAUGUGUCGUGCGUUGCUGCCCUUUUGUCCUCAUUAUCAUCACGAUCAUCAUCACAAUCAGCUUCAUCAUCGAGCCUCCUCUCUCGGUUCACUCCGCAGCACUCAGCUCAACUUUACAUUAGUUGGCCACUGUUCCACAGAAGUCAACCGCUACUCAAGAGCCUCGUCCUCAACACAACUCUUCAACGUCCACCACCGGCACAAUGAAGUCCAUCCUGGCCCUCGUCUCCGCCCUCCCGCUCCUCCUCGCCGCUCCGGCCCCGGUGCCGCAACCCACCGCCCUCCAAACCCCAAGCAUCACCUUCACCUCCCCACGUGUAACCCACACCGUCGUCGCCGGCCGCGGCGGCCUGCACUUCGACCCGGACAACAUCGUCGCCGAGGCAGGCGACAUCGUCGAGUUCCACUUCCUGCCGCUGAACCACUCGGUGGUGGAGGCGUCCUUCGACGCGCCGUGCCAGCCGCGCGACGCGACCUCCUUCUUCUCGGGCUUCUUCCCCGUGGCGCCGAAGCCGGACGGCUCCGCCGUGCAGUCGCCCGAGGUAUUCCAGAUCGAGGUGGUCGACGCCACCCGCCCCAUCUGGUUCUACUGCGCCCAGAACAAGGGCCGCCACUGCCAGAACGGCAUGGUCGGCGUCGUCAACCAGCACUUCGACUCGGACAAGACGCUCGCCGUGUUCCGCGCCAAUGCCGCCAAGGUGCUCGGCGACUCUGGCGUGCAGCCUUUCGUGCAGGGUGGGUGGAGGAUUGAGAAUCCGAAUCCGCUUUCGGGGUUUUAAGGCACUGUACCUAAUUCUGAGGGGGGGGUUGACCCGGGGUAGGAUCAUGGGGGGUUGGCUUUUCGGGAUGAUGGGAGGUGCAUGAUGGCGGGCUAAAGUGGUUGGUGGAAGGUUCUUGUUUGCUUUCUUUGCUUUAUUAAUGUUUAAGGUGGCUGUGGUUGGUGAUGCUUUACUUCUCUAGCAGGUGUCAGUUGAUACUCUGCCCCGGCAGAGUAUGAGGAAUUAGUGGAAGAGAUGAUCGUUAUCCCUUACAAGCGUGUCCGCUUCCGUCGACGCCCGCGAUUGCAGGUUGAGCUCGUACUCUUCAAUGCUUCCCAUACUCGGAGGGGUUUGCGUCGCUGUGGUUGGCGAAGGGGU